AUAUAAAAGACAGAGGUUUGGCGUUAAGUGUCAGUAAACUACUGAACUUUGUAUCAACAAUACAAUUCAAAAUGAUUGCUAAGGUAUUGAUCCUUGUAGCGAUGGUAGGUGUGGCGACUGCUUACCACGCGUUCUCCUCCCAGCACGUGCACAAGUACGACGGUCACCACGAGCCCGUGUACCAUCACGGGCACGGACACGAACACCAUGACUACUACACGUACCCGAAGUACGACUUCGAGUACAAGGUGGAUGACCCGCACACCGGCGACCACAAGUCGCAGCACGAGUCCCGCGACGGCGACGUAGUGCACGGCUACUACUCGCUGCAGCAGCCCUACGGCUCGUUCAGGGACGUGCACUACCACGGCGACGACCACUCCGGGUUCCACGCUGACGUCACACAGCACCCAUCACGUCGUACCCCAGCACCAUCAUUACUAUUAAGAAAUAAUGUAAACUUCGUUAUCUAUUUAUUCUUCGGUGCCAAUGUUUCUGUAUUGAUUUAUAUUCUUCGUAAUAAAAGUAUUCAUAUUAUCAUGUUUACUAAGAUGUUGGUCAUGGUUGCUCUGUUGGGUGCUGCAGCGGCGCACCACGCGUUCUCCUCCCAGCACGUGCACAAGUACGACGGUCACCACGAGCCCGUGUACCAUCACGGACACGAACACCAUGACUACUACACUUACCCGAAGUACGACUUCGAGUACAAGGUGGAUGACCCGCACACCGGCGACCACAAGUCGCAGCACGAGUCCCGCGACGGCGACGUAGUGCACGGCUACUACUCGCUGCAGCAGCCCGACGGCUCGUUCAGGGACGUGCACUACCACGGCGACGACCACUCCGGGUUCCACGCUGACGUCAAAUACAGCACCCAUCACGUCGUGCCCCAAUACCACCAUUAUUACUAGACUGAAAUCAUUGUAAAAGAUUUUUCUUAAAUAUUUUGUAACACAAUUUUUUUUGUACCUUACAUACGCUUGUUAGC